AUGGCCUCCCCGUCGAAGGCCCUCCCGCUCGCCUGCACCUUCGUCAUCGGCUGCGCGAGCCUCUUUAGCUGGAACGCGGUCAUCACGAUCUCGAGUUACUGGAAGACGCGGUUCUGCGGCUCGCUGUUCGAGACGUCCUUCGAGAGCGUCUUCGCCGUCACGUACCAGCUGACGUCGCUGGCGUCGAACGUCUACGCGCUGCGCGCGUCGCAGGAGCUGAGCGUGCGGUCGCGCAUCGUGCCGACGCAGUGGGCGCUCGUCGGCGUCUUCGCCGCGUUCGCCGUCCUCGCGCUGGCCCCCGGCGCCCCCGAGCGGGCCGUCUUCGCGCCCGUGACGCUCCUGGGCGUCGCGUUGUGCGGCUCCCUGUCGCAGUUCCUCUGCGCGGCCGUCUUCGGCCUCGCGGCCGCGCUCCAGGGCGGCUUCAACGCCGCGAACAUGGCGGGCCAGGCCGUCGGCGGCGUCAUCCCCGCUUUAAUCGUCGUCGCGACGGUCCUCUCCGAGGGCGCGGCGAAGCCCGCGGCGGACGACGGCGGCGACGACGGCGGCUGCGUCGCGCCGCGCGUCGACGGCGGCGCCGUCGGCUACUUCGUCGCCGCCGCGGGCUUGUUCGUGGUCAGCAUCUUCGCCUUUCGCAUCCUCGAGCGGCAGGAGGUGUUCCUGGCGUCGUCCCUGGCGACGAAGGACGAGCCCGACGACGAGGCGGGCCUCCAGGCGAGCCUCAUGGGCGUCGACGCGGAGCCGUCGAUCCAGGCGCCCGCGGCCAAGGCCGCGCCCGGCGACCUCGGGGCGUUGGGGGCCCUGGCGCGCGAGAUCCGCGUGCCCGCGGCGGCCGUCUUCCUCGUCUUCGCCUGCACGCUCGCGCCCUUCCCCGCGCUGACGGCGCUCGCGCGCGCCGAGGGCCACGCGGACGACGACGGCGGCGACGGCGACCUCUUCCGCGCGCUCUUCGUGCCGCUGCUCUUCCUCGAGUUCAACGUCUUCGACUUUUUGGGCCGCGCGUCCGCGGGAGUCGUCAAGUCGCCGGGCGCGCGCGCGCUCCUCUUCGCGGCCGUCGCGCGCUUCGCGUUCGUGCCGCUCAUCGCGCUCGGCACGCUCUCCGGCGGCGCCGGCGGCGCGCCGGGCCUCCGGUCCUCCGCGGCGCCCUUCGCGGUGAUGGCGCCCUUCGCGCUCUCCAACGGCCUCGUCGCGACGCUCGCCAUGGGCGAGGCGCCACAGCUCGUCGCGCCGCACAAGCGCGAGCUCGCGGGCAACGUCAUGUGCCUCUUCCUCACGCUCGGCCUCACGGCGGGCUCCGCGCUCUCCUUCGCGCUGCUCGCGCUCCUGCCGCGGCAGAAGGAGCACAAGAGCACGCCCCGGCGGGCGCUGGAACUGGAUCUCGACGAGGUCUUGAGCGAGGAGCUCGGCUUCGACUUCGUCGCGGCCCACUCGGGCACGGAGCAGCGCUUCGACCACGGCUACGCGCGGGCGACGUACGACCGCGACGCGUCCGUGGACGUCGACGCCGUCGACGAGCUCCUCGUGGAGCGCGCGCUGCUGCGCCAGUGCCGCGACUUCGAGGCGGCCGACGGCAUCCACGCGCAGCUCCGGCGCCUCGGCGUGGAGGUCGACGACCGGCGGAAGACCUGGGCCUCGCGCCGGUCCGCGCCGAGCCGCUUCAGGCCGAGCCGCUACGCCUUCGCGGGCGACGCCGCGGGCCUCGACCGCGCGCUCCUGCGCACGGUGACGCGGAUCCUCGCGCGGCGGAGCAAAGCGCAGUACCAGAAGGACUGGGUCGUCGCCGACCACUACCGGGACGAGCUCCGCGUCAACCACGGCGUGAUCGUCGACGACCGGACGAAGCGCUGGUCCGUCGGGAGCGGCUACUCGACGCGCGACGACCCUAGGCGACCGUAG